AUGCCGCAAGAUCCGUACCUUCCCUUGGUCUCGUCCUUACUCAACCAGCUUGACUUGACUCGUUUCUUUUAUACCAUCCCUUCCAGUUCAGCAGAUAGAGCAUUACGAUAUACUGAGGAGGAAAUCAACGCAAGUAAUGCUAUUGGACACGGAUACACGCUCUCCACCUCAUCGACUGACUUCUCGGGUCUAGCACUGCAACAUUACACACUCGCAGUCAUCUUGUCACCAUUACAAGUCGCGGAAAUAUUAUCCCAAGUCCAGUACUGGAAGAGACCUGAUCGAAAUACUGCUAGCAGUCCCGAGGAGGAAGAACUGCCAUUGGGUGCUGAAGCUGCUUCGUUCUACAAUGACGAAGAUGGUGUAUCUGUCAUCGCCAGUGAAUCAAGGCAUCUGUAUCAUCCAAGGUUAGCUCGAUUACAAGAUGGCCUAGUAGAGAAUUGGAAACACAUCGUGCAUCAUCCUGAUGAAGGCUGGACUGCUCUCCUCAAAGGACAUGUAACGGGAUUCAUUGAAUACAUGGCCUUUUCAGUACUUCAGCCUGCUGUAGAAGAGACAUUGAAUGAUGUGUUUGACGUGUAUGACGACGUACAUCCUAUAACACUCACAGUCAGCCAUGUUAUUGUUGGUGGCAUCUUGUCGCCAUUAGAGCUCAUCAAAACACGAAUCAUUGUACAAUCAUCACCAUCAAAUCGUAAAAAGUAUCAUAACCCUAUACAUGCCGCAUCAACAAUAGUCCACGAAGAGAACGGAACUCUCUCCACCCUAUAUUCCACUCGUCAUUUAUUUCCUUCCAUAACACUACACGCGUUACGACCUCUACUAAGGUAUAUAUCAACCACAGUCAUGGAAUCAAACAUGGGCCUCUCAUGGGAAUACACCCCAAUAUUCUACUUGUUCUCUCGCCUAGCAUUCUUGGGGGCCGAAACACUAGUCAUGACUCCUCUCGAGUUUGCCAAAAGGAGGUUGGAAUGUCAGCGAUUAGGUGGUCGCAACGUUGGAUACUAUGGAUCAAGAGGAAGUCAAUAUGGUGGUGGAAGUCAAGCUGGAGGAGGUUCUCAAUAUGGAACACCGAAUCCACUUGAAGAAUGGACAACACCAAUACCCACUGAUAAUGUGUCGAUGCAAUAUGCAAUGCCGUUUGACGCGGCUGUAGAUCUAGCACCAUUUAGGUAUCGUGGGAUGCUGGACGUCAUCUAUACCGUAGUGGCCACCGAAUCAGCAACAUAUAAAAGGAAGCGGGUGAGACGACGAACGUAUUCUGGAACGUCGUUUGUAGGACUCCAUUCUGAUGGUGAAUGGACGCAGGUUAGACGAUUAUCACCUAGUAGACCACCGUCUAAUACAGCCACAACGACAAACAACAAUAUCAACAACCUCAAUCAGCAAUUAAACGAUCCAUGGAACUCAACACGAUCAAUCAAUACUACUACUCAACCAGCAUCAUCCGCUAUCCGUGGAAUCGACAAUGUUGCUCGUCCAAUAGAUGCAAUCAGUGAAACAGGAACUCAAGUAGUAAUAGAGACUUGGUCAUCAUGGAUAUCUAAACUUGGUGGUGGUGUCAAGACGCUCUAUCGAGGAUUUUGGCCUAGAUAUGUUCAGAGUAUUAUUAUCUAUGGGUUUGAGGCAAUGAAUAAGGCUGCAGAGGAUGAUUUGUUUUAG